AUGAAGGGUCUGGCUGGUCUGGCCAGGCAGGCGCUGCCCUCGUGCCUGCUUUGCUGCCAGCCUGAGCCCAACGCAAGCCUGCCGUGGCUCAGCGCAAAGUGCCUCGACGUCAUCGAUCGCUCCUUUGCUCGCCCGGCGAAGUCAAGGCGGCUCGAAGCUUGCUUCUCUCUGUGGCAUGCUUACCAAGUCAAGAGGAUACAAGGUCCAGGCCCGAAGCCCCUGUACAGUCGGCGGUUCCUGCAUCGCGUAUUCGCUAGGGCGCUCAAGAGUGGGAUGGAGCUGCCGGGGCAAGCUGGAGAGGAUGGUGUUGAUGCAGCGCGAGUCGACCGUGAGCUGCGGGGGCUUCGCAAGAGGGUGGUGGCCAACGGCGCCAACGGUCACAGGCAACGUGAAGCACAAGCAAGCGACGAUGGUGCUGACCCCGAGCCCUGGUUCCAGGAGCAUCGUCUCGACCCCCUGGACCCUCGAGCUGUUCAGUUCCAACAAGACCAGUCGCGCUGGUUCCACUUGGCACCAGAUGGUGACUCAAAAGGCUUGAUCACACGACGAGACAGCUCACGGUGGCUCGCUUGGUCUCUGUUCAGCUGCGAGCUCGAAGAGCUUGAGGAGGAGCACCGUCUGCUGCAUUCGGGCAAAGUAGGGGCUGCUGAUCAGGCCGAGACUUCAUUGGCUGAUAAGUACCACACGCUGGAUGACGCUGUCAUUGAACUGGGCGGAGAUAAUGGCAAGGACAGCGGGGAGAAAGUAGACGACCCCGAUGUGCACAAGGUCAUGGCUAGCCCGCGCGAAUGGAGCAGUACAGACGAGGGCACCCGACUCGACUUCGUUCGCAAGGCAAGGCGAAUCAUCGAAGCAAGACAGGGCUUCGCUUACCCAUUGACGCGAGGCGGCCCACCAGGUCCAGCACACGAGAUUGACGACGAGGGCCGCGCCCCAGGGGCUUCGUCGAUUAUCACGCACAGCAUGCGCCUCACAAUCGACCCAGUGCGCGUUUCACCCCGGCCUUUCCUCAUGUAUUGCAUGACACAAUCUCUGUCCACGCUCACGCUGCUCUUCGCCAUUCACUUGGGAGGAUUCCAACUCAAGACGCAAGGACGCCUCUCCUACCUAAUCAAAGUGCCUCGCAACUGGACCCCAGAGAAGGCGGCUGACCCUCGCAACAAGGGCAAGUAUCGCCCUACGAUCUUUUUGCACGGCUUGGGCAUCGGGCUGGCACAAUACCACUCCCUGGUACAACAGCUUGGCGCAUCAAAGGUAGCCGAAACGCACCCCCUCAUGAUACCGCUUCAGCCGCACACGUCGCAGAACUUGUUCUCGAAGCACUUUCUUCAUCCGUUGGGCCAUCACGAGAUGGUAAGGUGCCUGAGGGUGGCGAUGCGCGACUUGGGAUGGGAAAGUGUCCAGAUCUUGAGUCAUAGCAUGGGAACAAUUGUUCACUCGUGGCUUCUCAAGAGCCUGGGAGAGAAGGUGGAGCGAAGCUGCUUCGUUGAUCCGGUGUGCGUUAGGUUGUGGAUUCCGGAUGUUGCGGGCAACUUCGUGUACGCCCCUCCUCCUACGUCCGUUGCCCUGCUCAUGCGCUAUUUCGUUGGCCUCGAGCUCGGAACAGCAAACACGCUUUGCCGCUACUUUGACUGGGCGAGCGCAAUCGUCUGGCCAGAAGACGAGAUCCCACACCUCACCGAUCGGCAUAGAACGACCAUCUUCCUCGCGGGUGAGGAUGCGAUCCUUUCGUGUGAGGCGACGAGGCGUUACUUGUUGGAGCAUGGGAUGAAGGAGGCCGCACAUGGCGAAUUGUUGAUGAAGGAUGGGCCUGGGAUGAAGGUGAUCAUGGGUUGGCUUGCCGAGGAGGAUGAGUGGUUGGAAGAGGACCCUACGUCGACGGACGCUGCAUUGUAGCGUGGUCCUGCACAUCCAUCUAAUGGUUUCCUGUAAUAUACCUCACUAGAGCGGGCGUCGCAAAGUUCUUCAUUCGUCUUUGGGCUCAGCCAGAUGGUGUGGCAGCCUCUGAACGUAGACCUCGUGGUCCUCCUUGCUAAACGUGCAGAACACGACGGACUCAAGGGCAUCAUUGCUUUCCAAGAAGUCCAUCGCUGUACUGAUUGCCACAUCCGUCGCCUCCUCAAUGGGGUACCCGUAGACGCCUGUCGAGAUGGAAGGG